AUGGCGUAUGCCAUAUUACAUGCCCCUCAGAGUCCACAUUGGCACCAGUUGGCUCUGAAACUCAGCUGUGCUGCCAUCAUCCUCCUUCUCCUGCGCCUGACUGGAUUCAGCAUCUUAUUGGGAUUCUUGGUGCAAAACCCACCAACAGAAACAUGCAACGUGACUGCUGGAGAGAACAGGAGUGAACCAACAGGGAGAACAGCCAUAAUGAGAUGCCCAAGAGAUUGGCAUCUGUACUUGGAUAAGUGCUUGUUUACUUCUCACACUUCCAGACCUUGGGCUGAAAGUCUAGCUGACUGCUCUAUGAGAGAAGCCACUUUGCUGCUCAUUCAAGAUGAAAAAGAAUUGAGAUUCCUGCAAGGCUUGGCAAAGAGAACAGUAGGUCAUUUCUUUAUUGGACUAAAGUAUGUUCACAUGGAGAAGGCCUGGAAGUGGAUAAAUGGCUCUGUCUUAAAUCCCAAUGUAUUACAGAUCAUGGGCAAGGAUGAAGAAAGCAGCUGUGCCAUGAUCUCAUCUACAAAAGUGUUUUCUGAAUCCUGUUUUUCAUACAACUAUUGGAUCUGCCAAAAGAAGCUGAAACAUGUCUGAAAUCCUGUGUCCUGCCUCCUGACUGUGAAUCUCAUCUUGAUUACGUCACCAUCCUCACCAUCAUCUCUGCACUGAACUGUCUCUGCUGCCAACCCUCCCAGUGCUCAGUCAGUGGCACAAAGCAUGGGCUCCAGAGCCACUGUGCCUCUUACAGAUGCUCAUGUCCAGUGUCUUUAUUCUGUAAAUGUAAAUGUACACAGACACAGAUGUGCCAGUAUAACAGAGGAAUCCACAGAAGGAAGCCCAGGCCAGGAAAGUUG